AUGUCUUCGACCCUAUUCUGGAAUUGCAGGGGGGCCCGGAAGAAGUGUACGGGUAACUACCUGCGUCACCUGGUGGGUGACAACGACAUUCACUUCAUUGGCCUUGUUGAGACUAAGGUUGAGAAUUUGGAGCGUUCUGAGGUUGAUCGCCUCAUUGGGACGCGCUGGGACUUCUUCCACUUGCCUUCGGUGGGUAAGUCUGGCGGUAUUUUGGUGCUGUGGCGGCGUGACCUCGCGACCUUUCAGGUGCUGGCGGCCGACGAGCAGGUUGUGGUGGGGGCCCUUUCACUUCCGGGGGGACAAAGAUGGACUAUUGCGGUAGUCUAUGCCAAUAAGGAUUAUCUUCGCCGGCGGGAGUUAUGGCAGCUUGUCAGUUCCUUUUGUGAUUCGGGCACCCCUAUCCUUGUGGGGGGUGACUUCAAUGUGUGCCUUGACCAGUCUGAGAAGAAGGGCGGUAAGCGGGUCACCCAUUCGGCUGGCGUGGCCGAAAUGAUGGAGUUCAUGGGCUGUAAUGACUUGCAUGAUCUUGGCUUUGUGGGACCGAAAUACACCUGGACUAAUAAUAAAGAGGGGAACAGUCGCAUUUGGGUUCGCUUGGACCGCGUCCUUAUGAGCUCGGAUGGACUGCGGAUUGCCCCGUUUGCCACGGUUAGGCACAUGGGCAGGGUGGCUUCGGAUCACUCACCGUUGCUGCUCACUCUUACGGUGCGUAGUCCUGUUAAGAUGGAGAAAUGGAUCCGUUUUGAGGAUGUUUGGACUACCUUUCCCAGCUCGUGGCGUGUUGUUUGGCAGAGCUGGCGGAGAAAUGAUUUUGGCUCGCCCGCGGAGAUUAUCAAUCGUAAAUGCCACCGGACGCUUCGGGCACUUUUUCAUUGGAGCAAGCACCGGGUUCGGGACUUAACCAGCCAGAAAGCAGCUUUGGAACGCAGAAUUCUUGAUCUCCAGGAGCUGGAUUGUGCCCCGGCGGGGUUGAAUGAGGAGCAAGAGGCGGAACUUAGGCGGUGCAUUGGGGAGCUUAAUGACACGUUGACCAGACUUACUAUCUGGUGGCGUCAAAGGGCCAAGACUCGAUGGCUGGAGGAGGGGGAUGCUAAUUCCCAUUUUUUCCAUCUUGCCGCCUCUGGCCGAAGGCGGGAGAAUCGCAUCAGCAACAUUGUAAUGGAGGAUGGCCGGGUGGUCAGUGAUCCGGACAAUAUCAAUGAGGCAUUUCUUAAUUUCUUCAAGGAUAAGUGGCGUGCUCGGGACACCAGUCUGGUUGGCUGGCCGACCUUUGCGGCGAAUGAUGGGAUCCCAGACAACUUCCACGAUCUGCUCGUUGCGGAUGUCACGGAGGAGGAGAUUUGGGAGGUUGUCCGUGGCAUGGGUAACAACCGUGCCCCGGGGCGCGACGGCAUUACGACGUCGUUCCUCAAAUUUUAUUGGAACCUUAUCAAAUCUGAGGUGGUGGAUGCCAUCCGAGACUUCUUUACGACCAACUUUAUGGAUGCUCACUGGAAGGAGACGCUUAUCAUCCUUAUUCCUAAGGUGGUGAAUGCGGACAGCCCGGCUAAGUUCCGCCCUAUUAGCCUCUGCCAAUCCCUAUAUAAAGUGGUGGCAAAAAUUCUUGUUGGGAGGAUGAAGCCGGUGCUUGCCGGCAUUAUCGGGGAGGAGCAAGGGGCAUUCGUCCCUGGCCGUUCGAUCUCGCAGCACGGGCUGCUUGCCCAGGAAAUUAUUUGUAACUUUCAGCAUUCAACUAAGGCGGCGGGGCUUAUGGCACUUAAGGUGGACAUGGAACAGGCUUACGACUGCAUGGCGUGGAAUACUCUUGAACGGGUGAUGAUGAUCAUGGGCUUUCCGCAGCAGUUUAUUACUUGGGUAAUCCGUUGCAUCUCUUUCCCAAAAUUUCAAUUGCUAAUCAAUGGCUGCAGGACCGACUGGAUUAAUGGUGCGAGUGGGUUUCGGCAAGGUUGCCCACUGUCGCCCUACCUUUUCAUCCUCUGCUCGGAGCUCCUUACGAAGGCUAUUUCCCAGCACAGGCAGACGCUUGGGGUUCGGAUUGUUCGCCAGGCCCCUAUUAUUUCGCAUCUCUUGUAUGCGGACGACGUUCUUGUCUUUGCGGAGGCCAAUGGGAGCAAUGCGAAGUGUAUUAAAAAGGUGCUGGACAAUUACUGCGGCUGGACGGGGCAGCGGAUCAAUUGUGCGAAAUCGGCCGUCCUCUUCAGUAAGAAAUGCCCGCUGUGGAAGCAGCGGAGGAUUGCGAGGGAGCUGGAUUUCCGCCGGGUGCAGUGCUUGGAGUAUCUCGGGCUGCAGCUUGCUAUGAGGCGGCUGGUGGCUGCUGAUUUUGCCAAAGUGGUUGGCAAGGUUACUGAGAAGGUGAACGUGUGGGGUAAACGCCAUCUAUCCCUUGCGGGUCGCUCCACUCUUAUCCGCACCGCUCUGCUUACUACGCCCAUGUACCUAAUGACUCACACCGUGAUCCCCAAGGGUGUCCGUGACACUAUUGAGCGGAUGGCGAGGAGAUUUUUAUGGCAGAAGGAUGCGAACAAACGAGGCCUUCAUUAUGUUCAGUGGAAGGAGCUUUGCCGCCCUAUGUCGCAUGGGGGGCUCGGUUUUCAUGCGUCUAGCACAUGGCAGGGACCGCUGCGGGCGAGACUGGCUUGGGACUUCCUCCGCAACGGUAAUUCCCUCUUGGCUAGGACGGUCACGGCGAAAUAUGGUAGAAAUUUGUGGUGCGCUAAGGACGGGCGGAAUGUGUCCUGCACAUGGAAAAUUCUCCAGGACGGAGCGCUGGCCCUCCGUCCGAUCAUCUAUUGGCAUGUUGGCAAUGGGUCGGACAUAAGUGUGCUCCAUGAUGCAUGGAUCACCAAUAGGAGUUUGGCGAACUGGCCGACCUUUGUUGACAUUGAAGCGGUUGAGGAUUGCACUGUCCGGGACUUAUUUGAUGAGCAAGGGAGGUGGCGGGCUGCUUUGGUCCUCCAAUAUUUUGGGGAAAUUUUGGGUAAUCAUAUUAUUGAAAACCUUGCGCGGGGAGAGCUUGGCAUUGAUAGACCGGAACUCAUUAAUCUUCCCCUUGGUACUACGGUCACGGCUUUGGCCUAUAAGGCGACGAUCGGGGAGAUGUCUUAUCAAUAUCUUUGGUUGCGGAAACUCAAGCUCCACCCGAGGGAGCAUAUGUUUUGGUGGCGGCUGCUUCUGGAUGCUGUCCCAACGAACACCUGGCUUAAGCGGAGGGGGCUGACCGACCUUGAGGAUUGCCCUUGGGGAUGUAAUCGGCCUGAGACGACGGAACACUUGGCUGUCCAUUGCGGGACGCUGGAGCUCACUUUGAAUAUCUUGAAUGGAUGGGGGUUCUUCAUUCCCCAAUUUAAUUCCUGGAACUGUUUGCUCGAGGGCCUUGCCCAUUCGGCCAGCAACAACCCGAGCUCGGGUAGACUGCUUUGCUGUGUUAUCUAUCAGUGUUGGCGGGCAAGGAACGACAAGAGCCACGGGCGGUCCUUUGGUACGCCGACGGUUAUUGCGGCCACGGUGCUGGCCAUGCAGCCUAAACCUUAUUCUUCGCCGGCUAUGGAGCAAUGGCACACCUCUCAGCCCUUUGGGCUGCCUCCGAACAGACUUUGGUGUGCCCCCCCUCCGAAGUGGGUUAAGUUUAAUGUGGAUGCGUCUGUUAAACCCAAUGCUGUGGCUGGUCUCGGUAUGGUGGCUCGGGAUCACCUUGGAAGGCUUCUCUUUGCUGUGGGUAAGAAAGUGGAACAGUGGGAUGCGACGCGUGCUGAGAUCACGGCGGGCCUGCUACUCCAGGAGUCCGUCCAAGGGUGGAUGUACGACCUUGACGGCAUCAUUAUUGAGGGCGAUUCUCACAAUGCGAUUCAGUGGCUGCAGUCUUCUUUCGAUCGGCUCAAUAAGCUUCACCUUCAGACCGAGGGACCUGAUCUUACGUUCCUUCUGGACUUCCGCCAAGUCCUAUUCCAGCAUCUUCCUCGGGCUAGUAAUGCACCAGCUGAUUUUUGUGCUCAUAUGGCUUGCUUUGGUGACUUUUAUUGGGAUAACUGUAAUAUUACCGAUGUUCCUCCCUCUUUUUUGUCUCUGUGGUCUCCGUCUGUCACCCCAAAUUCACUUCAUGGACUUCACUCGCCCAUUUGGAUUCGUCUACCCCAAUUGCCCUUAAUUUAUUGGGAUGUUAGCAACAUCACACGCAUUGCCAACAUGCUUGGAGACCCUAUGUGGAUGGAUUCGCAUACAAGUUCUUGGGGAAGGUCGUCAUUUGCUCGUAUAUGUGUUCGUAUUGAUCUUUCCCAACAGCUAUUGCCGGGGAUUUGGAUAAAUGGUAUUCACGGCCGUUUUUUUCAGAAGAUUGAGUAUGAGGGACUCACGAAUUUCUGCUUUGACUGUGGCUACAUUGGUCAUGCUAAGGGCAGCUGCACUAUGAAAAGAGCUAGCCAAGGCCCGUCCCCUACUCCCACACCAACUCCCCGUCCACCUCCAGCUCAACCCGAGGGCUCUCCCCAACAUAUCCCUAUGCCCAGCUCGGCCGAGAACAACAAGGCAGGGUCUCAUGCCAAUGAGGUGGUUAGGCGCAUGGAAGACAUUUCUAGUCGGAUAAUCAGCCCUUAUAGCAAGCAGAACAAUCGGCAGGCCGUUGUUUUCAAUGCUGAACGCCAAAACACUGAAACCGACCCUACCACAGUCAAUCUCUCCAAGCGCCAACACAAGGCCUCCAAGGCUUUCAUGGAGAAACAACUAUUACAGCUUGGGCCCAUUGCUACUUUGCCCAGGAAGAGGAGGAAGAACUUACACGACGACACUGGCGGGGACUUU